AUGGCCUCAAAUAGAAAAGUGACUGAAGGCGCCGGGAAGGAGAGGACUCGUUGUUCAGAACCACUGAUCCAGCUAACAGGUGUGGAACAGCUGAGCCGCCAUCAUGACCCCGAUGACCUGGUUACCAUGGUUACCGUCAGUGGGCGGACCUUGAAGUUCCCUGGUGUCUCAGGUCCAGAACCAGAAGCGGUCUCAGCUCAGACUGUUUGGUCCAGGACACGUGUGGUCUGUGUGUCCCGGCAGGAUGGGGGACAUGCUGGAGGACGAGGCCAGCUUCUACUCYAACGCUGAGGACUACUGGAGGGAGGUCCCCCCCACGGUGGACGGGAUGCUGGGGGGCUACGGCAGCAUCUCCAGCAUCGACAUCAGCGGGUCCAGAGCCUUCCUGAAGAAGUUCCUGGGCGACGGGGAGGGGAAGACCGGGACCAGCUGCGCUCUGGACUGUGGAGCCGGGAUCGGCAGGAUCACCAAGCGUCUGCUGCUGCCCCUGUUCCAGACCGUGGACCUGGUGGAUGUGACCCAGGAGUUCCUGGACAAGGCCAAGUCCUACCUGGGGUCCGAGGGGGCGCGGGUGGGGAACUACAUCUGCUGCGGCCUGCAGGACUUCGUCCCCGAGGCGGGACGCUACGACCUCAUCUGGAUCCAGUGGGUCAUCGGUCACCUGACAGACGACCACCUGGUGGACUUCCUGCGGCGCUGUGGGAGCGCCCUGAGGCCCGGCGGCCUCGUGGUCAUCAAGGACAACGUGUCCUACGAGGGCGUGGUCCCGGACCAGGUGGACAGCAGCGUGUGCCGGGACCUGGGGAUCGUCCGGAGCCUGGUGGGCCGGGCCGGGCUCCGGAUCGUCCACGAGGAGCAGCAGAUGAACUUACCCAAGGAGAUCUACCAGGUGCACACGCUGGCCCUGAGGUAGACCUGGACCAGGACCUGUUUUUACUGUUUUUUUAUCGGACCAUCUGAUCCGGGUCGGCGCUACCAAGGGUCUSUGUCGUCAUGGCAACCGUCUGCUCUUUGUUUCAAUAAAAUAUUGAAAAAUCGUGAA